AUGUCUGACAAAUCUGAUUUGGACUCGUCGAGAUCCUCAGGUAUUCAUUCAAGCUCAGAUGAGGACAACUAUGACCAUCCUGUAGCUCCACCAAAUGAAGACACUUCCAAGGAACACUACCAAAAGUAUAUUAAAUACCUGCAACUUCAGCAUGGCAAGCUUGAGCAGCGCAACGCAAGACUGAAUGAGAGCAACAAUGUCCUCAAUGCGCAACAGCUUAAACGUUCUUGCAAGCGCCCUCUUAAAGUGACAUCCUCCAAUAUGAUAUCAUCAGCAUCCCAACCAUCUUCCGCAGGUCUAUCUGCUGCACCUUCUACUGCGUCUGAUUCAUCUAAGCUCAAUGACAUCGAGAAGCUCAUUCUUGGCUCAGUGAAGAAAUACGCAAUUACUACUGAAAUGUUCCUUCCCAACAAAGCCAUUUUCAAAACUGAAUGUCCUGACCCUCCAACUGAUAUCUCGAAUCCAAAUCGUUAUGCAAAAAAAUCGACUGAGAAGGACAAACUUGUAACCGAGCUUUAUGCAUCCAUUGAUUUUGUGUUGCACCCUUGGAUGCGAACAAACAUCUUUUAUAAUCAGUUUGGAACUGGAAUGCAGCAAGCUCGGUCAUCAUUUAUCAAUGGGCUACGUUCCGUGGCAGGUAGCAUCUUCAACAUGCCGAAUGAGUAUUUCAUGUCGAAAUACGACUGUAUUUCUGUCCUGCAGGUCACAGACUUGAUCGGAUGGGAAGCAGGCAAGGGGAAAGUGUAUGACGUUUUCAAGGCACCAAUACUCUACCCUGAUAAUGUCAUCAAUGUGAAGAGAGCAUUCAAAAACUGGCUGGUGAUUGCAAAGAUUAUCAAGGUUGCGGUCUGCGGCAAAAUGUCGUUAUAUCCAAAAGCAUGUGGUGGCCCGCCUCCCUAUGCCAAGAUUUGGCAGCUAGCAAACUGCACUCCUGGCCUAAUUGCAUUUGGUGUCACAUCGGCACUUAUUAUGUUCGGUUCACCAUCUUCAUCCUGUCUCCCGAUCAAGAAUUCUCGGGAGAUGAAAUUCUUUGUUGUCAAAUGGACACAUGAUCGCAUCAAAGAUAUCGUGCAGCAAAUCAAUACUUAUGUCUUUGAUGGCAUUGUGAAGACACAGUUGAACAAUACUCCAGGUACUAUGGUAGAGGAUGUUACUGAUUCACUUGAUUGUGUUAUGGCCGCACUUGAUGACGACAGUGACUCAGAUGUUCUUACCAUUUCACUUCCCUCUGAACCUCCAGUACCCCAGACUUUCAACAGUUUCACAGCCCCGACCAUUCACAAUGAUCCCGCAAUGCCUUCUACAUCGUCUAUCUCAACUCGGAGUCUCCCCACUGCUGCGACGUCACACGCAGUUGCGUCAGUUGGGAUCCAAAGUGUUCAAGAGAUUCCCAAGGAUUUCCUAGCUGAUACUGGUACUAGUAAUACCAAGGCGCAGAAGAAGGCAGCAAGGGGCAAGAGGACUAAGGUUCCUGUUGACGAUGCUGAUAUUUGCCGUUCUUCCUGCAAUGCUAGUACUGCAAAAUGA